GUGAUGACACUGUCUGCGCUUGUUAGCGGGCUGGAAGGAGCUCUGCUCGGGGGGGAAAAGAGGCCAAAGAUUAUCCAACUACAAACUACUGUAACCUGUUGGCAUUGGAGUUGGACUCGUUUGACGGCGCUAUUGUAAAUGAUGGCCCCGCCUGCCAGGAGAUGGGUCCGUCUGUGAUACUUGGACACUAAAGAAGAAACUACUGACUGGGGUCUCUGACUGGUGACUAUUUACUCACUCACCAGCGUGGAACCCAUUCACGUUUUAACAAAUGGCUGAAGAAGUUUUAUUAACGUCACCCGGGAAAAUAUCAUCGUACCUGACCAGGUCCCUGUUGGCUGUAGCAUUCCUCACCUCCUUUGGGAGCUCCAUGCUCUAUGGCUACAACCUGGCUGUGGUCAACUCUCCUGCAGCGUACAUCAAGAACUUCUACAACCGCUCGGUGGUGAGCCGUAAUGGCACGAUAAUGGACGAGGAGUCUCUGACCCUCAUGUACUCCCUCACCGUCUCCAUCUUCGCCAUCGGGGGCCUGGUGGGCUCGCUGAUGGUGGGCGUGUUGGUCACACGCUUCGGCAGGAAAGGCACGGUGGUGAACACCAGCGUGCUGGUGUUCGUGGCCAGUGUGCUCAUGGGCUUCAGUAAGGUCUGCGGCUCCCCUGAGAUGGUCAUCGUCGGUCGAUUCAUCACCGGCAUCCACUCUGGUAUCUCUCUGAGCGUGGUGCCCAUGUACCUGGGGGAGAUCGCUCCCAAGAACCUCAGGGGGUUCCUGGGUUUGGUCCCCAGCAUCUUCAUCUGUGUGGGGGUCUUCUCGGCGCAGCUUCUGGGCCUGCACGAGCUGCUGGGAAAGGAGGAACACUGGCCCCUCCUCCUCUCCCUGGUCGCCGUGCCCACCUUCAUCCAGCUGAUGCUGUUGCCAUGGUUCCCGGAGAGUCCCCGGUACCUCCUGAUUGAGAAGCACAAUGUCCACGCUACCAUCACAGCUCUGAAGUGGUACAGAUCCAAGUGUAACAUCCAGGAGGAGAUAGAGGAGAUGCAGGAGGAGCAGCGCUCGCUGUCCUCCUCGGACACUCUGUCGGUGUGGCAACUGUUGCUAGACAAGAGCGUGCGGUGGCAGGUGCUCAGCGUCGUGGUCAUCAACAUCGGGAUGCAGCUGUCCGGCAUCGAUGCGAUCUGGUUCUACACCAACGACAUCUUUGAGAACGCGGGGAUCCCGGCCGGGGAGAUCCAGUACACCACAGUGGGCACGGGGGCCAUAGAGAUCAUAGGGGGACUGAUUGGGUGCUUCACCAUAGAGAAGCUGGGCAGACGGCCCCUCGUCAUCGGGGGUUUCACCAUCAUGGGCGUCUGCUGCGCUGGGAUCACACUGUCACUCAUACUGCAGGUCAGCCUGCCCUUCAUGCGCUACAUCAGCGUCACCUGUGUGGUGGGGAUCAUCGCUGGCUUCUGCAUCGGCCCAGCGGGCGUGCCCUUCCUCAUGACGGCCGAGCUCUUCAAGCAGUCCCACCGGCCCGCCGCCUACAUCGUGGGGGGCUCCCUCAACUGGAUCUCCAACUUCACCGUGGGCUUCGUCUUCCCCUUCCUCCAGAUGUCGGCGGGCGCCUACUGCUACCUGGUGUUUGCGGCGGUGUGCUGCGCGGUGGCCACCUACGUUUACGCCUUCAUCCCCGAGACCAAGAACAAGACGUUCGUGGAGAUCAGCCGCAUGUUCUCCAAGAAGGAGGCGGUCCUCGAGACGCAGGCGCUGGUGGCGCCCGGACACGUGGACACGCUCAAGCUGCGCAAGAUGAACGGCGGCUACGGCACGCUGGAGAACGGCUCUCUGGAGCUGGACAGCUCCAGCUCCGCGCCCUGACGCGACCGGACCGCCACUGGGAACCGGGAGGACCCGAGGGAGGCCAGCGUAGAGUGGGAGGCGUCGAUGUCACGCACGUCCCGAGCCACCAUCUUGGUGCCUUUUCAGCGUAAGAAUAAAAAUAGGUUGUUGUUGUUUUUCUAGAAGUUACCAGUACCAUGAUGGUGUUGGCUCGGAAAGUGCUUUUGGAAGCUCAGACCACACGAUCCAACAUCUUUAGGCCUCCCCUGGUAUGACGUGUUCGGCUUUUACUGUUAUCUUUUGAACCGUUUGAAUGACGAUGAUGAAAAUACCCAAACCAUCAGACGGAUGUAUUAUUGUGUUGUAAUUUAAACAGAAAAUAAGAUGUAUCUAUAUUUACGGAAAGAGUUGACGAGCGUGAUUGAGGUUGGUGUAUAAGUUGUUCUAAUAUAACAAGUCGGGGGUAAUGUAUGUCUUUAUCCUGAAAUAAACCCAGACAGGGUGAUGCAGAACCCAGACGCAAAUCGGAAGGAACUUGAAUCCCCAGAAUGGGUUUCUUUUGCGAUGAUUGCCGGAUAAUAGAUUAUCCCGUUAAUUGAGACAAAAUGUAAAAUCAUUUAAUGCUUACACUAAUUACAAAUAAUCUGUUUGAUUCUGAUAGUCAUACCAGCUGUCCGGCAUUCAGAAAUAACAGACCGGGAUUGACCAAUCAAAAUAGUGUAUUCAUCAAAGCCGUGAAAUAAAAUACAAUAUAAUGUAAACGCUUGUAGCCAAAGGGCUUUUACACUACCGUGAGUGUAUAAAUUAUUGGCAUUGGAGUUCCCUGUGGAAAUCAAACUACUAAUCCUGGCAGUGUUGAGCUCUCCCCAUUGAACUAAACAGCACGGUGUACAUUGCUGUGUAUAUAAAGUGACAUUUUAAUGUUGUACUAUAUUUUAACAAUUUUUGUUUUCUAAAACAGCUUUUACUAAAAUAGAUUAGCAGAUUACAGUGUUUGUUAUUUGCUUGCUACUUUCGAUAAGGUGAAUGUCUGAUUGGCUGGUUUAUAUGUUAAAGUGCGAUCGUUUGUUGAAGGUUUAAGUUGUCGUGUAAGGCAAUUAGAACCUGACAUGUUAUUUUCUAUACGGGGGAGGCCCCAAAAAAUCUUCAAGCCAUUUUGGGGCAGGCCCUGGCAAACCUCAUUAUCUCUUGUCCUUGGUCAAUGCAAAUAUGAAUGUUAAUAUCCAGACUCCUUCAUAUACACUAAAACCACCCACUCACUCACUUGUGUUAACAUUUGGAGGGCCAGUUUUUGUUCCUCUAAACUUGACACUGCAUCACAGCAGGAUAACAUCUGAAGGGCGAAACUAUUCUGUAGCAUAAGCUUCUCAGGGGGAACAAUCAGUGGUAUAAGUUAUACUUUUCUAGAACCACCAUUUUGUCUUGGCUAACAUUGGCUAUCUACGUGAUAGAAGUUCACCAAUUUGUCAAUGACAAAUGUAAACUUUUUUUCAUUAGCACUCUUGACUAUUUGAGGUACAGUUUGAAUUAACUCAAGCAAAGACUGCCUCCUAAAAUAUAAAGUAUAUAUCUAUAUAUUGACAGAGCUAGAUGCAAGUAUUUUAAAAGGUGAAUGCAGGUGCUACACUGUAUAUGAUGACAACCAAUGAGGAAUGGAAGUUUUUGAAGAACGUGGUGUAUGAUUGUAAAAAGCAUGAAUGCAUUGGGAAGAAUAAAUCUUUUAUCUAAUUUAUAUGAUUUCUCUAUCAGAAAUAGACAAUUGCCUGAUAACCUGUUUUAUUUUGUCUUAGUGCUAUUUGGUGUUUGAGAUGAACAUUUUUAUGAUAUUAUUCUGUAUGCUUGGUUUUGUUCUUGCAUUAAUUAACAGUACUAUUAUUUACACCAUCACAUUGGUGUUUUACUUGCUGUUAAUUUAAAGAUUAAAUUGGUGUACUAUACCUCGUUCC